AUGGAACCAGUAUCAAAUGAAGAGUAUGAGAGGAUAUUGUUGGAGAUCUCAGGCCAGGACUCAUUCGUUGGUGCCGCACUCUUGAAUCAAUCACAGUCGGUGACGGUCGGUACGUUCAAAGAGAUCAAUCCAACAUUUGAUCAAAUACAAGCGGUGUUGUCCGCUAGCAAGGAUGCCACUGUUGCAUUGGGCACAUGCAAGAUCAUCAUUACAUCGGUCAAUGACAAUGGACAUGUGUUUGCCAGCAGUGUUGACAACCUCAGACACUUUGUCUUUGGCAAGACAACCAGAUCACUAUUGGGUGCCGAGUGCACCCAGUUGGGCAAUGGCACAGAGGAUGCCACACGUGUCAUGGAGACUGCCGUUGGUGCCAUCAACGAGUUCUUGGAGUAA